CUGAGAUAGACAAUAGCAUCGACGUUACUCUAUACGACAGAAGAGAAGCCGGCAAUUUUCGGAGUAAAUUCUUUGGAAUUAAAGCAGUAUGGAGCAUUCUUCGCUAGUUUUUGGAGUAAUGGUCGGCAUAAUAGCAGGUGUGAUUGCACAGGAGGCGACUAUAUCAGUGAAUCAAGCAAUUGUUGUGAAGCCCACCCCAAAUCCCCUUACUAACCCUGGAGAUCGCGUGGACAUCACCCUCCAAUGUAUCUGCAGUCGGACAGAUCUCAGCUACUACAUUAAAAACAAAGUAAUCUGGAAUUUUACGAGCAACGUUGAUGGAAAAAACCAUCCUGUAACAACUAGCUUCUAUAAGUACUCAGGAUCUGAAUCAGCUUAUGCACCAAAACAUUUUGGAAAAGGACACUUUGACUUUGAAUACAUGCCUGAUCCUGCAAGUGGGGAAAUGACCUUUAUUCUGAAAAUUAAUGGGGUAACUUACAGUGAUGAUGGUGUUUACACUUGUUCACUUCUCCAAGGUGGUACAACAGUCAUUGACCAGAAGACAGUCCAAGUUACCGUUGUUCAUCCUGUGGAUUCGGUGAAUUUGUCGCUCAAGCAGGGAGAUAAUGAACUGUUCAGUGCUAUGCAGCCUGCUGGCGUCAACGAGGCUGCCAACAAAUUAAAACCUGGAAAUUACACGGCUAUGUGCCAAGCUGAGGGCAGUAACCCUGAACCAGAAAUCCAUCUGAUGAUGAAUGGAGAGAAAUACUCCAAUGCUCCAAUCACCAUGAAAUCCGUCAUUGACAAUCAGCGUCCUAGCUACAUGAAGAAAAUAGACAAGACGUAUGAUCUUACACAUCGGGAGAUGGAACAAGUCUUGUCAUGCGAGGCAAACAUUCCUGGCGGAAUGUACCAACCACAGGUCGCCUCUAUGAAACUGAAAGUACAAAUUGUCAAGCCAACAAUUGAUUGCGAGAAUAUCACACGCUCAAUCGGUGAUAACUAUGUGUCAAUCGAAUGCACAAUAACAUCCCAGUCUGAUGUUAUGUGUGAGAUGGUGUCAUGGCAGUUUGCUGAUAGGAAUGAAGUGAUCACUCUAGGCGAGGCUGUCAAGGAUCCUGAGCAAAAAUAUGACAUUGUGAAAGCUGAAUGCACUGCGGUUGAUGAAAAAACUGCGAAGACAACAUUGACGAUAUACAAGGCAAACGCUGCCCACUUCAAGGCAGUCUACUAUGUAAACUACGGAGUUGGUGAACACAUGCACAGACAUCCUGUCAGCAUAAACCUAGACACAACAAUCUCAGGCAGCAACCUCGUUGUACCUCUUUCGAUGUUAGUGUACAUCGUCAUGGCAGCUGUUUCCAAACUUUUGUAACAUCUACAUCACCUAGAACCUUACAAAUAAAGAACAUCCACAUCAGCUAGACGCUCUAAGAUCAAGAUCAUUCAUAAAGUAGCUCAUGAACAUGGAGUUUUGUGAAAUAGAAAUAUGGAAGAAGCAAUUUGUAAAGAAUUAAUCAUUUUACAUGCCGAUGAGAUUCUGUACAUAUUUGUCAAUAAGUGUGAUAACAUAAUAAAAUGUUGAGAACAGAAGGGUAUUAUUAUAAUUUUGAGAUGUGGAAGUAAAAUGAUUGCCAAGUUCUUUUUGUGACUGAUACAUGUAGUUGAACUAUUCCAUGGAUAGGGAAGUAAGAAAUAUACAUGUUUUGAAAUAGAAUAAAAUAUUUGAUACAAAUAUAGUAAAUAGGUUAUACUGGUAACUUUUGUGCAAUGUAGAUGUCUACCAAUUAAAACUUCUGUAUUAGAUAUGUAGUAGUAGAAUUAACAAUCAUUCAUUCCAAGACAUUUAGUGCUAUGUUCAAAAGUCGAUAUCCACGUUAAUGACGUUUACUUUGACGUUGUAUGUGGGUUACAUGUAGUAUGCAUUUCAUAUGUCAUUAAUUUUAUUUGCAUUUUGUAAUACUUGCUUACAUUUUAUAUCAACUUUUAUGUGACCUAUGACACGAGAUAAUACUUUUCGUGGAAGUGUGAUUGAUUCUUCGCAAAGAGUUAAAUGUUCAAGAAAUGUUUAAAUUGUCGAACAAUGUUGUGAUAAGUUUAUUCCACAACUGUUGCAAACAUGUUUCAAAUUGCGAUCAGUUUAUUCCAGAAUGAUUUGUAUUGUGAUCAGAUGUUGUAUAUAAAAUCAAAAAGCUCUGUUGCAGCUGCUUAUUCUUUUAAACUAAGUUUUUGAAGUGUAUAAGCAAUGCAUUAAAACUUUUGUUGUUCAUUCCUUUGCUUUUUUAAAUGCACUUCUAUGAAGCUUGUCAUUGCUGGGAAAUAUUCUACCAACUAUAUCUGUUUCAUAUUAUUUAAUUGUUAGGGGUUUUAGAUUUGUGCAAAAUUAAUCGUGUAUAUACAUAAUAUUCGUCAAAUAAUGACUAAUAACCCAGAUUGGAAAAAAUAAAACAAGAAUAAAUUUAAUCGUUGAAUCAAUUAUAUCAAUAUUCACAUUUGUUUGAGGUUUUAUAUUAUUAGAAAUUGUAUCAAAUCAAGAAUUUGUAAUUAAGUAUUGGAAAGUUUAAUCAAUCGUAUGAGUCAUUUCUAUGGUGAAUUAUAUUGACCUUGACCUUGUUCAUUGUCCAUUCUUUACUGUGUAAGUAUGAAUAUUGUAUAAUAUUUUCAGCAUAUUAGUAAUGUUCUAUAUUGCAAUUAUAACAUUUGAUGACUGAUUGUGGUGUUAAGCUGAAACCAAUUGAUGCCAACCAAAUGUGAACAUUUAGACAUCUUUGUUGAAAUAGCUUGCUCUUGAAAUGUUUUGUAUUAAAAUUGAAAAAUGAGCAACCCAGUUUUGCUUAAGAAUUAGUACAAGUUCUUGUAAAUUUUGUGGAAAAAUCUACAACAAAUCACUUGGUUAAUACCCUUUAUAGUGAAUGAAUUGUAUAAAUGUUCUCCGAUUUUGAAUCAAUUGUAUAGAUGUUUAGCUUGUAUGUAUAGCGUUUUUCUGUUUUUACUUUAUCUUUGAAAAUUUGUAUGUACAUUUUAAAUGCCUUGUUCUAAACACAAUGCUGUCAGCUUGCAAAUUCACUUUCUUACAUUAAAUGUUGUUUCAAUGUUAAAAAAAUAGCUGAACACAGGCUUGGAGCAAAAUAUACGUAAAUCCAAUUUUGAUAUCCUUAUUAAUCACACAAUAUUUUUAAACUUGUUCCUAGUUGUUUUCACACAUAGUUCAACCUUUUCAGUUCAGUUUCGAAAGCCUUGCAUAUUCCUCUAUUCUGACCGGAUGUCAAACAAUACAUGCCUACUUCAUUGAAAAUAUCGCUAUUCAUCGUGAAUGCAGUGCCCUUGUGUUAGCAGAAUUCUUCGCUUGAAUAUUAUUAUUUUAUUUGUAUAGCAAUAUCAUCUUUAUUCAUUUAAUCAAAUGAUCUAAAUUUGACGUUAAAUAGCAAAUGUGGAAUUGAAUUUGUGAAUUAAAUUGGUAAUUCUGAAAUUCUUGAUUGUUGUUAACAUUUAGGAGUAAUCGAUACAGUACUUGAGGCGUAAAAGUUAUGUUGAUUUUGUAUGGUAAAUUCUAAAAUAUAAAUAAGUUGAAAACAACCGCAUCUACUUAAGCAUAUCUGUAAUUAUCUUCUUUGUGUUUAUCAAAUCUUCCAAAGAAGUGUUGGGGCUGGGAAACCGGCAUAUUUUGUUACGCUUACUGCAGUAUGAUGCAGUAUGAUGCAGGUGUGUAACAGAGCCUCCACUGUAAUUGUGCAAGCUGAAAAUCCAAGUGUUGUACAAACCUCUAUGUCAGCUGUCAUUGUGUCUGUGUGUUCAGUUCUUCAUAGGUUUUUAUUUAACAAUUUCAAAAUAAAUUUUAGAUCUGUCA